GGUCAGAACUAUAGCAUGGUGUCUGAAUUCAUCCUCAUCGGCUUCUCCAACUUCCCUCAGCAGCUCCUGCCCACCUUCUUGCUGUACCUGCUGAUGUACCUGUUCACACUGCUAGGGAACCUGCUCAUCAUGGCCACCAUCUGGAGGGAUCACAGGCUCCACACACCCAUGUACCUCUUCCUGUGUGCCUUCUCCAUCUCUGAGAUACUGUUCACUGUUGCGGUCACCCCUCGAAUGCUGGUUUACAUCUCCACCCACCACUCCACCACCUUUGUGGCCUGUGUCAGUCACAUGUUCUCCCCCACGUUUGGCUUCACCCAUUCCUUUCUGCUCAUGAUCAUGGGCUAUGACCACUAUGUGGCCAUCUGCCACCCCCUGGGCUACAAUGUGCUCAUGAGAACACGUGACUGUGCCCAUCUUGUGUCCUGGUGGUGGAUUGGUGGCUCAGUCGUGGGGAUGAUGGUGACCUUGGUUGUUUUUCACCUCACCUUCUGUGGGUCUAAUAUGAUUCACCAUUUUCUCUGCCACGUGCUUUCUUUCUUGAAAUUGGCCUAUGGGAAGGAAACAGCUUCUGUCACUAUGGGUGUGAUCCUUGUUUGUGUCACAGCCCUGCUGGGGUGCUUAUUCCUCAUCAUCCUCUCCUAUGUCUUCAUCAUGGCCGCCAUCUUGAGGAUCCCCUCUGCUGAGGGCUGGCACAAGACCUUCUCCACCUGUGUAUCCCACCUCACCAUAGUGGUGGUGCACUACGGUUUUACCUCCAUCAUCUACCUCAAACCCAAAGGCCCCCAUUCUAUGGACAGUAGCACAAUGGCCACCACCUAUACAGUCUCCACCCCCUUUCUUAGCCCGAUCUUUUUCAGUCUCAGGAAUAAGGAGCUGAAGAGCGCCAUAAAGAAAAGCUUCCACAGAACAUUCUGUCCCCUAAGCUCCUGA